UCUUAGAGUAUUUAAAUGGAGCUGCUGAACACUUUUGUUCAUAAUCUCAUUGCUUCACACAUUACCACAAGCAAAGCGAAGACUAUCAAGAGCAAAAAGACAAUGAAGACUGUUGCAGCUAUUGUUCUUCUUGCAUGUCUGCUUAUUAUUGAGGUGAAAGGGCAGGCCAGGGUUCCCAAGGGCAGGUGUCUCUGUGCUGACAAAGGAGUGAACAUGGUUUUAAUGAGAAACAUUGAAAAGGUUGAAAUCAUCCCUCCAAGUCCAUCUUGUGGAAAGCAGGAGAUUAUAGUCACUCUGAAGAAAGGUGCCAGUCGGAGAUGCAUGAAUCCAGAGUCUAAAUUCACUCAAAAUGUCAUCAUGAAGGCUCUUGAAAAGAGGAGCCAGCCAGUCGAGGAUUCUCAGUGAAUCUAGAUCAGCCAUUGUGUUGUGCCACUGAAGAACACCCUGAUAUCGGCACCAUCAGCACCAACAUACUUCAGAUGACUGUAUUCAUACACUGCUUAAAUCGUUUGAAAAAAACUUUAAAACAUUUUAUUGACAAUAUUUAUUUAACCAUUAAACUAUGGAUUGUAAAAAGCCUUUAUAUUUUUGAUUAUAUAAUUAUUUUAUUUUUCACAAAGAUACUUUCUUAAGACCACUGAACACUGUGUCAUAUGUAUAGUUUUCACCAUUUUUGUAUGAUUGUAGUUUGUCUGUAAUUUAAUUGUCUCUAUGAUGCACAAAAACAAAAAAGUGUCAAAUAAAUGAAAUUUUGUAUCUAAAUGAAAA